AUGGAUCUCAAUAACGAGAAGUUUCUGUUAACGUUCUCCAAUGAUCAAGAUUAUCUCAAGGCAUUAACGGGCGGACCAUGGGAAAUUCUCGACCACUACCUUGUCAUACACCCCUGGUCACCCAAGUUCAGGACAUCCGACAAGAUACACAAAUCAGUCACCGCCUGGAUCCAAUUGCCAGAGCUCCCUGUGCACUUCUAUCACCGGGAAGUUUUAUUCGCCCUUGACAAUCUCAUAAGUAGAACUGUUAAGCUGGAUUACCAUACAGAGAUGCUUGAGAGAGGGAAGUUUGCAAGGAUCGCCGUAGAACUUGACAUGACGAAACCACUCCCAACUCGCAUCCGCCUAGACGGAUUCUGGCAACAAGUUCUGUAUGAAAUCUCCCACAAAUAUGCUUUGAUUGUGGAAGAAUCGGCCACACUGAGGAUACCUACCCAAAGAAAAUGA